AUGCCAAUCAUAUAGGGAAAAGCAAAAUUGUGGCACCCAACACAAGAGGAAUAAGAUGCAUAUGAUGACAGAAUGAUUGCAAAUAUUGAAUUGAAAUCAUUGGACUUUGAUGAUGAAAACUUUUCACCAGUUUUCAAUAGAAGCAAGAAAGAAUUCUUUUUAGCACAUAGCGAGAAAUACAAGAAGGAUUUAUCAAAAUUGGCAAGACCAUUCACAUCAUAUUCAUGCGAAGAAUUUGUUAACAAAUAUAUUUACAUUAAACCAAAUCAUACUUAUUGGAGAGAAUGGACAUUGACUAAAUGGGUGUCAGGAUUUGGAUUAGGAUAUUUAGUUUUGAGAGAAUUACCACUCCGUAAUUUCUAUGCAAGAGUAUUUGUCAUGUGGAUCUUCUUGGCUAAGUUGAGUGAUCAUUUUACCUCUAUUUUGCCCUAUCAUGGUAAAAUGGUGAUAUCAAUACAAAAAGAUAGAUUUACAAACAAAGAUAUUAAUCAAUAUCACAAUGUAUGCAGUGCAUUGCAUUUCUUGGAAAUGCCUACCUUCUAAAACAGAAUAUCAGAAUCUCUAGCUUGGAGAGCCAGACAACCAGCUCACUUGUUAUACAACGACACAAAUUGGUGUUUACACAUUCUUAAGAGGUGGCAUGGUCGCCCAACUCACAUUGCACAUUGGGAUGGAACAUUCAAUCAACCCUUAGAAAGACUUGCAGACCCAUAUCAUAAGGAUGCUCACUUCAUCCAUUGGAUUUGAGUAAUUUCACAUACAAAUAUAUAUAUAUGGAUAGACAAUAGUUUAAAUA